AUGCAUCCCAGCAAGAUAAUCCCGUACUUCUAUAGGGCAACAGCCUCCCUCGAACAGGACGACAUUACUAUCGCUACCCUUGUGACAAGCAACCGUUUCGAAGUAUUCAAGAAGCUUGUCGUCAGCUACAAAGGUCCUGUAUCCGUGGCUAUUCACAUCAAAGAUUCAACGGAAGAGAUCGAGGCUCUCCUUGACCGUCUCCACGAAUUAUAUACCUCAGAUCCGCUCAUGUCUCUCUAUGUCGAUGUACACCUCGUGGUCGACCGGUUCGAUCGGCAGUUUAACACCUGGCGCAAUAUCGCCCGCCUCUUCGCUCGAACGGACUUCGUUAUGAUGCUGGACGUUGAUUUUGCUGUCUGCACCGAUUUCCGCUCCAGUAUCCGUCGCAGUCGCGCUAUCAUGGACAAGCUGGAGGCAGGGAAUACAGCACUAGUCGUCCCUGCGUUCGAGUACGUCAAACAGAGGGACGGCAUGGACCAGUCGAAGUUUCCGAAGAGCAAGAAGGAGUUGGUGUCCCUCGUGCGGCAAGGCCUCGUCGACAUCUUCCAUCGCUCUUGGGCACCUGGUCACAACAGUACUGAUUAUGACAGGUUCUACGUCGCGCAACCUGGUGAAGUAUACAAAGUGACACAAUACCAGUCUGCCUAUGAGCCCUAUGUGAUCUUCAAGAAAGAGGGACCGCCAUGGUAUCAGUGCGACGAGCGUUUCGUAGGUUACGGCGGUAACAAAGCUGCUUGUAUCUACGAGAUGUACCUUUCGGGCAUUUCGUUUUACGUCCUCUCCGAUCAUUUUCUGAUUCAUCAGAGCCAUCCUUACGAGGAACAAGCGAGGAAGAACGAGAGGAAGUAUAAUAAGAAGAUAUAUUCAGAUUUCAAAGAGGAAGCGUGUCUUCGGUAUUUGAAGCGGUUCUACGCCGACGGUACCCUCAAUACAACGCGUGGCCACAACGUACAAGAGGAAUGCAGGAAAAUCAAAGGGUUCUCGAGGAUCGCGGCUCAGGUAGAAGUUCACCUCUCCUGGGGAUAUCCUGCGUGA